ACCCAGACCAUCUUCUCUCUCUCUCUCUCUCUAUUGCUUUCUCUCUCUAAAAAGACUUUCUCUCUCUAAAAACAACUCCAUCGCCUUCGAUCGAGAUAUGAAAUUGAAUUCGUCUCAAUCCAAAACCCUAAUCUCUCACUGAACCCCAUCUCCAUUUCAACCCCGGCUGCGAAAACCCCGAAAAGAUCUUUGAACAUUUUGAACGGAAAACCCUAGGCAGCUCAGAUUAUGAGGCUUCUUUGUUUUCUUGCGAUUUCUUGAAAUCCACGUUUGGUUUUUACCCAAAGAUAGUUGCUUUUUUAUAUAUGUAUAUCUCUUAGUGUUUGGUUUUUGCUGGAUCGGUAGAAUGAAUUAGGAUCUAGGUGAAUUUGAUUAGGGAUGUUGUGAUUGAAUUGAGUUUGGGGUUUCUGGGUUGGUUGCUAAGUGUAGCAAUUAGUAGAAAGAUUGAAGCUUUAUUGUGGAAGUAGUGAGUUCAAUAUGGUUUAUGGGUUUUGUGGUUUGAGCUUGGAGUAGUGACUUUUGAGUGCACAAGGUUGAUUAGGAGUUGUGGUUUGUAGUUGGGAUAUACCUCUUGCACUGAGUGUGUUUGCAGAAUGAGCUUAGAGAACGAAGAGCAACGCUUACCGGAUCAGCCUGCCGAAACGAAUCAUGAAGUUCAUAAGAAGGUGAAAAUAUCGUAUACGAGGGAGUUUCUGCUGUCGUUGAGUGAGUUAGAAUCCUGCAAGAAGUUACCUGAUGGGUUUGACCGAUCAUUCCUAAGUGAAUUCGAGGAUGCUUUCAGAGAUAGGCAAAGGACAUCUAGUGGUUUGUCAGCAAAUAGUUUCAGGCGAAAUGAUUAUGGUUCAUCCCCUCCUACUAGGGGUGAUGCGGCUGGUUAUUCGCGGCCACUUCAUGGAAGGUGGGAGAGUCGUUCUUCUGGACGCAGUGAUAAAGAUAGUGACAUGCAAUCUGACAAAGACUCUGAUUCUGGAAGGCACUAUGGGAACCAGUCUCGGCGGCCUUGGCAGGUCCCUGAGCAUGAUGGACUUCUCGGAAGUGGUUCCUUUCCAAGACCAGCUGGGUUUGCUGGAGGGAUAGCAGCACCCAAAGUUCGACCAAAUGAUACCUAUCAGCUAAAUAGAACCAAUGAACCGUAUCAGCCUCCACGUCCUUAUAAAGCGCCACCUCUUACACGAAAAGAGAUUACCGACUCACUUAAUGAUGAAACUUUUGGUUCCUCUGAUAAUACAAGUGAAGACAGAGCAGAAGAGGAAAGAAAGAGAAGAGAUUCCUUUGAACUAAUGAGGAAAGAGCAGCAGAAAGCAUUUCAAGAAAAGCAGAAGCUGAAGCCGGAGAAGAAUAAAGGUGGCUUUGAUUUUUCUUCGCUGUUAGAUGAUGAUUCCAAAGAGGAGAAGAGACUUUUACCAAGAAGCAGUGAAACAGCUGAGCCUCGGGUACCACCAGCAUCAAAUAAUGAUGGGGAAAAGUCUACUUUACCCUUGCAGACUCCUGCCCCUAGACCUCUUGUUCCCCCUGGUUUUGCUAGCACAGUUUUGGAAAGAAACAUUGGAACAAAAUCCUUGAACCUUCCCCAUCAAGUGGAGGUUGGGAAUUCCGGACUUGAGGAUAACAUUCUACAUGGCAAAGGUAACCGUGUUGUAAAUGGUACUUCUGAUAAUCGAGUGGAAAAACAACCGGUUGAGCAAAUGAUUUUGGGCAAGCAGCAUCAUGCAAGUGCAAGUGCAAGUGCUCAUGCCUCAUUUGAUAGUAUGAGUGAAAAGAGUAUAAAUUUCUUACCACCUCAAGGUGCUAAUAAUAAGAUCAUUGGCAUGGAUAGUCGAUUUUAUAAUAAUGCUAAUACACCACAAGCUUUAGAAGCUUCCAGAAAUAGUGAAGCAAUCGAGAUCGACGCUGAAAAGGGGAGUAAUUCUACUUCAAUACUGGAAAAGCUUUUCAGCGGUGCAGUACCAUUAAAUGGUGUUGGCUCCUCUAAUAUCAUUGAGCCUCAUAAUAGCGAAGUAGAUGAGGCAGUGGGCUCUCACACUGUCAACUCUUCGAAGUUUGCUCAGUGGUUUCAUGAAGAAGACAAGAAACCUGCCAAUGAAAUCUUAUCUGGAAGGCCAAAUGACUUGCUUUCCAUGAUCGUUGGAAGUGAAAAAGCCGGACCUCACAUUGUUGAUGGGAACCUAAGCGAUCAAGGUUUUCCGAUUUUUCCCACCCAAAAUGCUGAACCUGCAGUGAGGCCUUUGACAUCAAACAUAAUACCUCCUUCGGUUGGUGACUCUGAGCAUUUUUACAAAAGUACUAAACCAGAGGCAGCUUCAGCAGUCCUUACAUGUGAAGAUCUUGAGCAGUCCAUUCUAUCUGAAAUUAGUGAAAGUGGUCAGCCCCCUGUUCAAAGGUCAGUUGUACCUGAUAGAAAGGCUGGACAGCCAAAAGCCAAAGUAGAUGAUCAUGCUUCGCAGCACCUACUCUCACUAUUACAGAAGGGCACAGGCUUGAGAGAUAUUGAACCUUCUUCAAAUCAAGAGACAGCAUCUCCUGAAAAAAUUCACAACAUUGACGGGACAGCUAUUGGCACUGCACUUCAUAUUUCAAAAGAGAAAGCUGCUGAAAAUGUUUCCGAUUCAGGGAAGAGUCUGACACUUGAAACACUAUUUGGAACUGCUUUUAUGAAGGAGUUGCAAUCAGUUGGAGCACCAGUUUCUACUAAAAGAGGCCUUGUUGGGUCUGCAAGAGUAGAAACUCCAGAGACACGUGGGUUGCCAUUUGCGGUAUCAGAAACUAGUUUUGUUCCUUCUGCAUUUGAUGUUGGACCUAACACAAGUACUCAUAGUAACAGUGACAUGACAGCGAAUAGAAGGAAGCAAACCAAAUCAGAUAAGAUCGAUGAGCGGUUGCUCGGUUUUGAUAAUCCUCUAGAUUCAUUACAGGUUAGUUCUGACUUGGGGUCUAAGAUGGGCGUCUUUGAUGGGCCUGCUGAUAUUCGACUUCCUGAAGAGGAUAGCUUACUUGCUGUCGGUGAACCUCUAAACAUCCAAAAUUUUAUGUCUACCGGGAAUCUAGUGAAAAGCAAAGUAUUCUCCUCCCCGAACACAGAAGUUGACAUUGUUGAGAAAUUGGCAGUUUUGGACUCUGCCUUCAAGGAGUUCAAGGAUGCAAGGACUUCUAUCAAGGAGUUCAAGGAUCCAAGGACUUCUAUCAUGGGAAGCCAAGAAGGUGGUCCACCUUUUCUUCGUGGCCCUUAUGAUAUGAGACAGCCUGAUAUUUCUUAUCAGAACCUUAAUGUCCAACCUUCUUCACAACAGCUCCAUCAUCCUCAAAUGAAUCAUAGGGGAACGUUUUUUCAUCCAUCAGAUUCUCAUCCUGGCAAUGCCAACUCUCAGAUGAAUUUUAUGACGCCAGAGGGUAUGAUCCGAAACGAUCCUCCGCAAAGUCAUCAGUUUCCUGCAAAUAUGCUUCGUCCACCUUUCCAUCAUUCGAACGCUGCACAAUCUGGGUUUGAUGCUCGCCAUCACCCUAUGUUGCAACAGAUGCAUAUGGCAGGCAGUUUUCCUCCGCCUCACUUGCUACAAGGAUUAUCCAGUGCUCCAGCCCUGCCUCCUCAUACGAACAGGGGCCCACCUAUGCCUGCUCAUCCAAACAGUCAGGUUUCUGGCUUCAUGGAAGAACUGAACCCAAUGGCCGGCUUUCCUUUUGGUCCUCGGCCAGUCAACUUAGGUGGUCAUGGCAUGCCAUCGCCAGCUCCUGAUGUUGCUGGUGGAAGCAACCAUCCUGAGGCAUUGCAAAGGCUCCUUGAGAUGGAAAUGAGAUCAAACCCGAAACAAAUUCCCCCAUUUGCUUCGGGUGGCGGGCAUAAUAGUCAAGGGAUGUACGGACAUGAACUGGACAUGGGUUUUGGGUAUAGAUAGUUACUCAGAUGUUUGUGCUUGUGUAUAUCACUGUAUUGACAGUCUCAUGCUCAGAUGUGCAAUUCAACGAAUGGCAAUGUGCUUAAUGUUGUUUCUUUCAUAUUGGAUGUAUGCAGACUAGUGUAAGUAAUGGAUUUUCAUGCCAUUGACCAUCUUAUUGGAUUCUUCUUGCUCCUAC